AUGACUGCCAACAAGGCUGUGGCGGCCCAUGUCAACAUGAUGGCAGAUACCAUCAUCGCCAAUCUGCCAGUUGAUGGGCUGCGGACUGUCGUGCGUGGGAUUCUGACGAGCAAGUCAGAUAUGGUCGCUGUGUUGGAAGAACAGACAAAAGAAUAUCUGCGUGAAACGGCUGCGCGAUUCUCCAACGCCGUUGUAAUCGAACAGCUACCGGAUGGAUCGUUCAAGACAACAUCGUUAUUUGACGAACUGCAGCAGCGGAUUCGCUGUUCGAUCGGGUGCGGAAUGUGCUAUCAGACUCUGCCUCUUCUUCAGGCGAUUGUCGACCAAGCUGCGCCCAUCACGCUCCGUCCAGACCAGACCCAGCCUUACCGAGACACCUUCCUGAGCAAGGUUGCAUCAGUCGAUGCGGACAUAGUCCAGGCCAUGACGGCCGUGCAAAAGACCCUCUUUGUGGCAGAGGGAACGCGAGACCUGACAGACGCGGAAAGACAGCCCAUGGAAGCGCUGCUGCGAUCGUUGGUGGAUUGUCGAGCCAAGUGGGAAGGCAAACAGCAGACAUUUGUAUUCGAACGGGGACUUGACGCAGUAAACGGCAUACUGAACCCGGCAGCAGCUGACGAAGCAACGACGAAACUUCCAGAGUCUCUAUCAGAGCCUCCCCGAUCGAUUGGAGAGACCUUCGAACUGGCAGAGGGUGUCCGACUGCCACGCAUCUUCAACGGACUCUGGCAGCUAUCUAGUCCCUCCUGGGGCGCGGCAUCUAGACCUAAGAUUCUGGAGCAGUUGUCACAUUACGUGAGUAAUGGUCUGAUUGCCUUUGAUAUGGCCGAUCAUUAUGGAGACGCCGAGAUCGUUUUCGGCCGAUACCGCUCUUCUAGCAAGUACUCGCAGUCUAUGUUCGCUGCUACAAAGUAUUGCGUUUUCCAUCCUAUGACCGUCACGCGUGAGGCUGUUCGUGCCAAUGUCAGCGAACGCUGUCAGAGGCUGCGAACGGAGAAAUUGGAUCUGUUGCAGUUCCAUUGGCAGUUUUAUGAGGAUCCUCAGUAUAUCGACGCCCUGCGGUAUCUACAAGAAGAUGACCGAGUGCAGCACCUCGGUCUCUGCAACUUUGAUACGGAGCAUAUGCAGAACGUGAUUGAAAGCGGCGUCCAGAUUGUGACCAACCAGGUCCAGUUUUCUCUUAUAGAUUCCCGGCCGGUCAUGCGGAUGGUAGAAUUCUGCGAGAAGAAUAAUGUCAAGCUUCUUACAUAUGGUACACUGUGCGGCGGCCUCAUAGCAGAGAAAUGGAUCGGCCAAGAUGCUCCCGAUCUCUACGGCGAGAAGAUGACUCCCAGUCUACGCAAGUAUUACGCCAUGAUCCAGAGCUGGGGAGGUUGGGACCUUUUCCAAGAACUACUCCGUACCCUCCAAUCCAUUGGACGCAAACACGGUGUGUCGGUGUCCAACGUCGCCACCCGGUGGGUUUUGGACUUCCCCUGUGUGGGAGCCGUUAUCGUAGGUGCCCGGAUGGGGGUGAGUGAGCAGUUGCAGGGGAAUCUGGAUAGCCUGGGCUGGACCCUUGAUGAAGCAGAUCGGACGGCAAUCGAGGAGAUCCUGGUACGCAGUCGGCGGAUGGAGAUGUUUGAGAGCAUGGGAGAUUGCGGUGGGGAGUAUCGACUGUAG